UUAACUUGCGACAACUACGGAUUUAUUUUUAUAAACAAUUAGUUUUGGAAUAUAUUUUUCCAAUAAAUGUAUAAUAGCUUUAGUUAAAUGUUAAAACACUAGUAAUUUUAAACUUUCCAUUACUGUCUAGUCAAGUUAAAUUAGAAAAUUCCAUACUCAGCUUUUUAAAUUUGGUUUUUACAAAUUAAACCGAGUACAGAAACUURGAAGGUUGAUGACUAUCAUCAAGUAAAUAGCUUAUCGUGUCAAAAGUUAUUUCGACAACAGUAACCAAGAGAAGAAGGAGUAACAGACAUUUUUAAAGCUGUUUCAAAGUAUAAUAAAUGUAAGAGUUUACCAAAUUUGUGCGGAAUUAUAUUAAUUUCGUUAAGCUCCCACUCACACUUUUUUUCUAAAGAAUCAUUAAAGUACAUAUGACUGAGUGUAAAUUGAUAUGAUGUAAUCAUUGAAAGCUUUCAACGAGACACAUGGUAAAUUUAAAUUUCCCUGAAACACUCAUCGAGAUAGCACCAUUAAGAAGAAUGCUUCAUAUAUGUAUACAGAUAAGUCCGAUUUGGGAGAUAUAAAAGAUAACGUUAAAUAAAUAAAGCAAAUAUUAAACAAUCAAAGUACUUAAAUUCAAAUGAGUCAGUACCAAAAACGAGGAAAAGCAUGACACACAGGCAACAUCUGUCAAAGAUUUAGAAACACGUUCGUAUAAGCACAGUGAAUUUGACAAUGGCACACAUUCACGGCAGUAAAGGCAGAAUUAGAGGUGCAUAACCAUAUCCACAUAAAACAGCUGAUUGAACCAAAUUUACGGGGAACAAUGUUUCAAAUUAGAGCAAUCCAAAUAAUAAUCUAUUAAUCAAAAUGGAUGAUAUUAAAUUAAAAAAAUGUGUGCGGAAUUCGCCAUGCCUAUAUGACAAGAGUCAUGCCGAUUUCAAAAAUCAAGAGAAAAAAAGGCGCUCUUGGAAGGAAGUCGCCAAUAAUUUGGAAGUUGAUGAAAGUGUUGUUAUGAAGCGUUGGGSCAACUUGAGAGAACGCUUCUCAAAAGAAAUUAGAAUCUCAAAAAAUGCUUCAGGAAGUGGUGCAUUCGUAGGAAGGCAGUGGGCGCUACUUGAAAGUUUGCAAUUUUUAAGAAGUCACAUUAUUCCUCGUCCAAUGCGACAAAGUGCGCCAAUAUUGAAACGCAGCGACGAGAACUACGACUUUAUAAACAUUUCGUCCGAAUGUAUACAAAAGAUCUCUCGCCAUCACCUCCAAUUUCCCCAGGGCAGUUAAUUCCGUCCGACCAAUCAACAAUAAUUCUGCCCGAUCAAACAACAGCCAUUCCGUCCAAUCAGUCAAUUCCGUCUAGUCAGCCAUC